AUGUCUUCUCCUCCAUCAGCUCGACCAUUCAACACGCAAUGGGAGACUCUGAAGUGGCUCCUCCACGUAACACAACGCAUAGUCAUUCAAAACCAAGGCAUGGAGCUGAACGCGGUUCUCACCUACCAAAAUCCCUGGUCACUCCACCAAUUCCGGAAACUGCGAGAAACGGCGGAUCGUAUCAAGAUGACAUUGCACGACCUCAUGGUCAACUACGGAACCUUCCACGCCAACUUCAGCGAAGGGGAGUUCAAGGACACGCUUGAUAUCGCGCAGAAUCUCGUGACUGAUCUCAGAGAGGUGGACGCCGCCGUAAGCAGUUACAGCCAGGAAGGCAGAAGCGACACCGAGAAGGAAGAGUUGAAGAAGCAGAUUCGUGCGCUCCUGGGAAAGAUCGACAAAGCACUCGGAAGUGUAAAAUUGGAGCCAGGCGAUCCCAAGAAGCCGAUCCGGGAGGAAUGUCUUCUCAAUAUGAAGGAACGUGCCAGAAUGAGACGUCCGGAACCGAAAGAGGAACUGGAGGAAGACGAAUGGGAAGUAGGUGAACUGGAUGAAGAAGAGUUGGAGGCUAGAGAAUUGGACAUCGAGAGAUUGGAGAAUGAGGCGCUGUCAAAAUUAGGAUAG